UCUACUGGAGCAGCUGGGAAGCACCCAGCUGAGCGAAUCAGGUGUCAGUGGAUUCCUGAGGAGAACCCGAGGAGUGAGUGGUGACUGGGCGGGAGGCGGCUGCGGUAGAGGUAACCUGGCUUGUCUCUUGUUUUGUGGUGAUCUUCUCAGCGGGUAAGAACUAUGUCAUGGAUAAAAGAAGGCGAGUUAUCACUUUGGGAGCGAUUCUGUGCCAACAUCAUAAAGGCAGGCCCAAUGCCCAAACACAUUGCAUUCAUAAUGGAUGGGAACCGUCGCUAUGCCAAGAAGUGCCAGGUGGAGCGGCAGGAGGGCCACUCACAGGGCUUCAACAAGCUGGCUGAGACUCUGCGCUGGUGUUUGAACCUGGGCAUCCUAGAGGUGACAGUCUACGCCUUCAGCAUUGAGAACUUCAAACGCUCCAAGAGUGAGGUAGACGGGCUAAUGGACCUGGCCCGGCAGAAGUUCACCCGCUUGAUGGAAGAACAGGAGAAGCUGCAGAAGCAUGGUGUGUGUAUCCGGGUCCUGGGCGAUCUGCAUUUAUUGCCCUUGGAUCUCCAGGAGUUGAUUGCACAAGCUAUACAGGCCACUAAGAACUACAACAAAUGUUUCCUGAAUGUCUGCUUUGCAUACACAUCUCGUCAUGAGAUCAGCAAUGCUGUGAGAGACAUGGCCUGGGGUGUAGAGCAAGGCCUGCUGGAUCCCAGUGAUAUCUCUGAGUCCCUCCUCGAUAAGUGCCUCUAUACCAACCACUCUCCUCAUCCUGACAUCUUGAUACGGACUUCUGGUGAAGUGCGGCUGAGUGACUUCUUGCUCUGGCAGCAGAAGGCCCGAGACAUGUAUGCUGAGGAGCGGAAGUGGCAGCAGCUGGAGAGGGACCAGGCGGCAGUGACCGAGCAGCUGCUGCAAGAGGGGCUCCAAGCCAGUGGGGACACCCAGCUCCGACGGACACGCUUGCACAAGCUCUCAGCCAGACGGGAAGAGCGAGUCCAAGGCUUCCUGCAGGCCUUGGAACUCAAGCGAGCUGACUGGCUGGCACGCCUGGGCACUGCAUCAGCCUGAGGGAGGCUGGCCACCUGCCACUUUGCCCUGCCCUCUGCCUCCAGGGCCCCACUCCCUUUCUUUUCCUGGUGAAAGGCACCUCCCUUCUGUGAUGAAUUGUGUUUCUUUUGCUUGGCAGGCAGGGGAAUCCCCUCCUCCCCUGUCUGCUGGCCAUGGAUACCUUUGGGCUGCCUGGGACACUGGUCCUGGAGAGGAUUGAGGAUGAAAGUCUCCCACAAGUACACAAAAUCCAACUCUGGUCAUCAAUAGGUAUGGAGAGCAGGAGGUCCCAACUCAUGGGCUGCCUGUGCUCCUAGAUGCACUUUUCUUUUUCCACCAGCUCAUUCUUCAACACACAGAAUUUCAGGGAAGAAGGCUUUCAAAAGCCUAGUCCUUUACCCAUCCAUCUUAGCCUUCUACCCAACUUCACAAAAGAUUUGGCUUUACCUUGGCUCUGCUGGUAAAUAACUAAUAGGCAGCCAGUUAUUUGGGCAAUGAAGAAAGGGGCGGGAGAGACAGAAAAUUUGCCCAUCUGCUGCUCCUCCCCUUGGCUCUCCACCUGGGAUUUGCUAUUGAAUGUCUACCCCCUCCCACCACACACUGCUGAUUGCUCACUGAAAGGCUCAGCGCCCCCAAUGGCGGUCGGAAGCCUGGCGGGUGAUUACAAUCCAAUUACCUAUUGUCAACUCAGCCCACACAAGCUUUUCUCCUCCUCUUGCAGGGCAUGGGCCCAGGCUCCACUCCCAAGUGAGACCGGCCCCCACCAUGGUACAGGGUAACAGAAGGGUCUGUAGGCCCUGAUGACUCCAAUCCAGCACAAGGCUUCCCUGUAACAUGUCAAGGCAGAACCAAGCACCUUUCUACUGACUGCCUUCUGCCCUCACUAUCUCCAACUCUGAUUCCCACUUCCAACCUUUGAAAUUUCUCUCAGCUUUUGACCUGACCUUGGUAGGCCCCAAGACAAUUUAUUCUCAGCAUGGCAAAAUUCAUUCCAGGCCUCUCUGCUUGUGAGGGUCCAAGGCUGUGUUCUUUCCCUUUCUGCCCUCUGUCAGGCCUUGCUGCAGAGAUGCUGAGAGGAUUAGUGCCUUUGAAAAGCUGUCUGCCUGAGCAACUCUGCUUCAGGUGCCCCACAAGCAAGUACCAGCCAUUGACACCAACCAAAUGCUGUUGUCUUUAGUCAUGCCAUUUUACUUUCCCCAGCGUCUCCCUGUUAGGGACAGGUGGGAUCUUGCAAACAAUGUUUUUAAGAGCUUACUUUUUAGACCCAUAACUUUCCUAUGCCCCAGUCCCCUCCUCCCUUUUCUGUGCCUGGAUACCUGGUGUUAGAGACCCUUCAGCCACAAGCAUUCAGACGUGCACCCUUUGGCAACACCCCCCUGCACACCUGGUGCUCCCCACUACCAAUCCUGGCACAGGGUUCCUGGAGAGCAGGUGCUGUACAUAUUCCAGCUUUACAAUGGGCCUGUUGACAGCCUUAAUUAGGGAGGCAUGAAUUAUGCCGCUGUAAUGCAGAGCCCUACAAUUAAGGCGGGAAUGAGGGCUGGAGGCAGCAAACGGAAUCUGCCCUGUGAGUGUGGCUGUUGAGCCCCAUCUCCUUUCUGUGUCUGACUUUAACGAAUACAACUGGGGUACAAUAA